AUGACAUUAGAAUUGUAUAUUGACGAGUUGUCACCUCCCUGUAGAUCGGUGUUGUUGUUCUGUGAGGCUAAUGUUAUACUGUACGAGAAAAACAUCCUAAAUAUUGUCAAAGGUCGGUCUAACAAAGUGUUUUGGUGUUUAAAAGGAAGUACUUGUGGUGACACCUGGUCAGAAACAUUCUACCAAAUUAAUCCGCAGAACAAAGUGCCUGCAAUAAAAGAUAUUCUGUUCUGUCUCGGUGAAAGCGUUGCUAUUUUGAAAUACUUGGCAGCCAAAUACAACACUGUAGAUCACUGGUAUCCACAAGAUCUGCAGAAGAGAGCCAGAGUGGAUGAGUAUCUCGCUUGGCACCAUGGUAACACCAGAAAGGAUGUAGCAUUCCUAUACUGGACAGAGGUGGUUAUUCCUAUUGUAAGUGGCACGGAGAUAAACCAGCAAAGACUAGAAAAUGCAGUGACUGCAUUCAAGGCCACAUUGGAUAGAGUUGAGAAUACAUAUAGUAUAUUUUUAAAAGAUCAGAAAUUUCUUUGUGGUGAUGACAUCACUCUUGCAGAUAUAAUGGCAGUACCGGAGGUACAUUUUUCUAGUUCUUUCUAUCGUAUAAAUUCCGUAUAA